CGGCGCGUGCUUGUAGGGGAGCAGAGCGAGGUGCUUUCCUGAGCCGAUCCAACAGAGACAACACAACUGCAUCUGCCCCUCAGAGCUCACUCAGACCCGAAACCAGAGAUGGACUGCGGUAUUCUCACCUCCAAGAGCGUCCUGCUCAUCCUCAGCCUGAUAUUCUGGGCUGCAGGAGCGGCUCUUUCCUAUGUGGGCGCUUAUGUCAUAAAGAGCUACAGGACAUUUGACAACUUUUUGGAGGACAAGUACACCCUUAUUCCCGCAGCCAUCAUUAUCGGCGUGGCCGUGGUUCUGUUUAUCAUUGGACUCAUCGGCUGCUGUGCGACGCUGCGAGAGUCUAAAGUUGGCUUAAGCUUUUUCAUGGUGAUCCUUUUACUGGUGUUUGCCGCAGAGGUGGCAGCCUUUGUGUUUGGCUUCAUCUACAGGGGCAAGAUAAAAGGUGAUUUGGAAAAGUCUAUGAGUGAUGUCUUCCAGAAGUAUGAUGGUAAAAAUGCUGAGACCGCGGCAGUAGACUAUUUGCAGUCUCAGCUGCAGUGCUGUGGGGUGAAUAACUACACUGACUGGAGCAGCAGACCAUGGUUCACUUCUCAUAACAGCACUGUGCCCGUUUCCUGCUGCAAAGCCAACAGUACCUGCACUGGGCAGUUUGACAAGCCUGAGCUGCUUAAUGUACAGGGAUGUGAAGCUAAGCUGGAGAAGCUCCUCCAGGAUGUGCUGAGUUAUGCCAUGCUGGUCAUCUUGGGUUUUGCCAUCAUAAAGUUCUUUGGCAUGCUGAGCAUUUGCGUGAUCACCUGCAGAAGUGGUAGAAACGAGUAUCAGCCGCUGUACGCGUGAUUCAGCACAGCCAAGAGUGUUCACCAGUGCUGCUUCAUUCACUCCGGGACUCCACAACCUGCAGCUGCACACUGCCUCCUUCACCUGUAAACGGAACAGCCAGACAUCCCUCACAGCCUCAACAGUGACAGUACACCACUGCCUCUGCCAUCAUUGUGCUGUUACUUUUCGUUUUCUUUUCUUUUUAUUAAAGUUUCUUGGUUUUUAAUAUAGGUUAUGUUAAGCUGUGCAAGAAUUUAAGCAUUUGAAUAUAAGGAAAAAUAGGAAACAAACUAGAAAAUGGAAGAAUAUUUUAUAUAUUCUUCUGCAGGACGUCCAGGGAUGUUCUGUAAUUUACAACAAAAUAUCAGCACGUUUCGUUGAUGUGUUUUAUUGGCCAAAUAUUGUGCCUUAGGGAGGAGUACCUUCACUUUCAGUAUGUCUGUAUGUGUUUAAUGUUUUCCAAAAAUGUUCUUCAUCUAGGACUGGGCAAACAUCACAAAACUUGAAGACAUAUUCAGAAUGUGCAUGAUGUGUAUUAUGUUUUGCUUAACUUGCAAUGGACAGUGCAAAAAUAAGGCUACCUGAUUUUUCUUUUUAUGAUAUUUCAUAAAUUCCUAUUAAACAAGGCUAAUUAGACUAUUUAUGUAAUAUAACAUGCAGUUAUUUAAUGUUCUUUAAGUGUUGAUGUCUAUGAAAAGUGUAUUGUGACAUAAUUUAUCAAGAUGAUGAUGAUGAUGGUAACAUUGGCUAUGUUCAGACUGCAGGAAAAUCAGAUUUGUUUCUUAAAUUUGUUAAAUUUGUUUCAAGUGAUCAGAUUGGAUUUGCAUGUCAGGACAUCACAAAUGUGUCCGCAUGUUGUGUUAUCUGGUCGGCACCAGUUAUUAAUCUUUGGUGCUCUUUUUGGACCUCUGCACUUUCUACACUCUGGAUUUAAAGAGGUUGUUGUUUGUUGUGUUGUGAGUGACACACAAGACGUGCCGAUGCCCUGAUUGAGACACAUCUGCACAAAUCCGAUUGUAAUCACAUUUCAAACCACAUACAAAUGUGGAUUGGAUCUGAUUUGCAAAAAUCUGAUUUUAUAGGUUUUUAGAUGUUCACACUAUCAAAAAUCAAUCUGGAUACCAUCCAUAUUUGCUAAAUAAUCAGAUUUGGGCUUGCAGUCCGAACAUAGCCGAACAUAAUAUUGUCAUAUUGCCCACCCAUAACUGCAUCAAAUUAAUUAUCCUUUGCUUACCAUAAUCAAUAUUUACUAUCUGUCAUUAGGUAUUCCUUACCAUAAUUGUAGAUUUAAGGUCCAGAAACUGACCAGGAAACUGACUUUCUAUAAAAAUCUCUCUGAAAAAUGAUUAGACCUUAAAUUUAGGUCAUUUACCAUUUAAAGAUGAUCCAAACUGUUUAUCUUUAGUUUUAGAAUCUGUGUCUCUACUGUAGUGUGUUUUGCUGCAAAUUUAAUCUAAAGCAUAAUAGGUCAAAAUAAGCUUGUUAGAAGCCAGUCUUGUUGUUGUUUUUUUUUUUUUUUUGCACUGAUAAAAUCAUUAAAUAAACUUGUAUUUAAGUGAAAUCAGAAGGAAAAGUGUGCCAGUCAUACUUGUCUGGACAGAAAAGUAUUGGGGCAUUGAUCCUUGAGUAAUCAAAGGAUAUUAAAAUUUGUUUUAUUUUAGUUGAAGUAACUGUUUCUACUGUCCGGGUAAGUUUAUUAUUAUUUUUUUUAUUAUAGAUUUUGGAUUUGCAUUGCUGUGAGGAUUUGAUUGCAUUCACAGAAAAGACCGUUCAUAAAGUCUGAAAGUUGAGUAAUCACCACACCACCCCACUUCACCUCACCUCACCUCACCUAUUCCCUCAUUUUCCAACUCAUCCCAUUCUCAAAAGUAUUGGAUGGAGCACCAUUAUUCCAGAGAACCCAGGUCCACUGCUCCACAGCUCAGUGCUGUGCAGCUUCAAACACCAGUAUCCCACAUCGAGUAUUAGGCAUGGUGCCAAUAAAUAGGUUAAUGUAUAUCUAUUCUAUAGAGGUCCUAUUCUUUUGGAAGUAUAUCUCUACAAACACUAGACAAGCUCUGUAUGUGUGUGCAUUGAAUGCCAGCUGUAAGUAUGUAUUAGAAGAGGUGUCCACAAAUAUUUGGACAUAUAUUCUACUGUACGUCAGCCUGGAAAUGUUCAAGUGUAGAUAAAACUCAGGGCGUGGACCUCAGCACUUAUCUGUCUAGUGGUGGCAUUUUCAAGUGAUAUUGCCCAUGAAAAUAUCUGAAAGGGGUUCCCCAGCAACAAAAGGCCUUUAAACCAGCCAAGUCGGUUAAUCAAGAGUGCAGGUCGAUUCAUUAGAGAGCUGGUUCUGAGAAUACAAUCAGUGAUUACAGGACUGUACCUCAUUAAGAGUACUUUUAGAGUCUAUUAGAACAGUGUUUUUUUUGUUGUUGUUGUUUUUUUUUACUUGUGGUCUGCAUCGGUUCUGCCAAUGGUCUGUUAGUGAAAAAUGUAAUUUGUUUCUUGUUUUAAUGGGCAGAUUACAUGUGGGAUUCCCCUCCUGUCCUACAAAGGUGUGGUAUUUAAGGUGGGGGACAUGUUCUGGACAGAGUCCAAAUACGCCUGGGGUAUUUAGAUAUGUCAGUUCCCCUUUAUUUUCACGUCCUAUUCAUUUCUGGAAUAAAAGGUUGUGUUUUACGA